AUGAAUGACGAAGGACGAAUCGAUCGUGAACGGGAUCUCGUUCGUAAAUUUAGUUCGAAAAUCGCGCAGGAUAAUAAUAGCAUCAACGAUGACAGUAUAAAAUCACCCAUUCCCAUGCUCAGAAGGAAAAGCAAACAAAGAGUUGGUGAUUAUUACGCAAAGCGUCGAUCAGAAGUGUAUCUUGACGAAGAUGAAUUCGAUAGCGUCAUGAAGUCAACGUUAUAUAAAGCAGAAAUGAAUAACGAAAGACGAAUCUCUCGUGAAAAAAUUUACGCUCAUAACCCGCAGAAAAAUAACUACAUUAACGAUAACGAUCUAAUAUCACCUAUUUCUCAGUCAGGAAGGAAAAGUAAACGAGUUAGUAGUUAUUUCGCAAAACGCCGAUCAGAAGUGUAUCUUGACGAAGAUGAAUUCGAUAGCGGUUGUUUUGGAUCCAUAUGGGCGAACCUAAAAUUUAUCAUUAAAAAAAUAAAAAAUAAAUCUUAG